CGCACCUCGCGGUCACCCCCGAGCCGCCCCCCGCCCCUUCCCGUCCCGUUCCCGCAGUUUUUCCUCAGCUCGUCCCGCUCCUCCCUCUCCCGUCCCGCACCGUCCGACCCCCGCGAACCCCGAAAUUCCGCAGAAAUCAUCCUCCCAUCAUGCACCUCGCUCUGUCUCUGCCCUCUACUUUGCAUAACCCCGCCUCUCAUUCAGCCAGCGCGGGAAGUUUCAGGCGCCGCAGCGGAGCCUUGGGAGAAUUGGGGAAAAUUCGCGAUUUUUGGAUUCCUGCCUGCCCCUGAUCACAAACGUGCGAGGUUUGGCUGUGACCGAGGCUGUCCCGGAGCCUCCCGGGCCUUCCCCGCCGCCUCCACCGGGGCCGCGAUCGCUCCCUGAGGGAAGCGGCCGCCAUGAGAGGAGAGGGGCGGGGGCAUACUCAAAACCACGCCCCUUGUGGGCGGGGGCUUCUCCCUCCCGGAAGCGGCGCUGCCCCGGAAGCGGCGCGGGAGCUGCCCCGGAAGUGGCGGGCGCUGCCCCGGAAGCGGCGCGGGGCGGGCAGGGCGGCGAUGGCGGCGGAGGAGCCUCAGCAGCCGCAGCCGGAGCCGCUCGGCGGCAGCGAUGCCGACGGCGUGAACUGCCUGGCCUACGACGAGGCGAUCAUGGCGCAGCAGGACCGGAUCCAGCAGGAGAUCGCGGUGCAGAACCCGCUGGUGUCGGAGCGCCUGGAGCUGUCCGAGCUCUACAAGGAGUACGCGGAGGAUGACCACGUGUACCAGGAGAAGAUCAAGGACCUGCUGCAGAAAUAUUCCUACAUCCGUAAGACGCGGCCGGACGGGAAUUGUUUCUACCGCGCCUUCGGCUUCGCGCACCUGGAGGCGCUGCUGGAGGACGGGCAGGAGCUGCAGCGGUUCAAGGAGGUGUCGGCACGGAGCAAGGAGGAGCUGGUGGCCCAGGGCUUCACCGAGUUCACCAUCGAGGUUCACAACACGCUGAUGGAGCUGAUCGAGCGCGUGGAGCGCCGGGUGCCGCUGCCGGAGCUGCUGGCGGCGUUUAACGAGCCGGCCACCUCGGAUUACCUGGUGGUUUACCUGCGGCUGCUCACCUCGGGCUGCCUGCAGCGCCACCGGCGCUUCUUCGAGCAGUUCCUCGAGGGGGGCCGCAGCAUCAAGGAGUUCUGCCAGCAGGAGGUGGAGCCCAUGUGCAAGGAGAGUGACCACAUCCACAUCAUCGCCCUGGCUCGGGCGCUGCACGUGUCCAUCCUGGUGGAGUACAUGGACCGGGGCGAGGGCGGUGCCACCAACCCGCACGUGUUCCCCGAGGGCUCCCAGCCCCGCGUCUGCCUCCUCUACCGCCCCGGCCACUACGACAUCCUCUACAAGUGACCCGAACCCCCACCUCCCCCCAAAAAAAAAAACAAAAAAAAAACAACAAAAAAAAAAACAAAACAAAAAAAAAAAAAUCCCAGCGCCAGGGGCUUCCCCAAACCCCCCCGGCCCCGCUACGGCUGCACCUUUCCCCCCACCCCAGACCUGUCCCAGUGCUCCCAAUAAAGAAAUG